UAUAAGACCCUUCUUUUAUUCGUCCUUCCUUCACAAUCUAUCUCUCUCUUUAACUGGCUCUUCUCAACUCAACUCUCAUCAUAGCUUCGUUAUCCGAGGAGAAUACUCAACUGAGCUUUGCUGUUUUUGUCUUUUUUCAGAUUCUCAUUGAUUCUGUCUUUUUCAGAUUCGAGAGGGUCGGUUUUAUAUAUGCUUCAAAUCUCUCACCCAAAUCAGGUUCUUGAUUCCCCUCAGCUAUGGAGACUCUGCAUCCACUCUCUCACCUGCCUAUCUCUGACCACCGGUUCGUCGUUCAAGAGAUGAUGAGCUUGCACAGCUCGAGCAGCAGCGGUAGCAACUGGACUAAAGAAGAGAACAAGAUGUUCGAACGAGCUCUUGCCAUCUACGCUGAAGACUCGCCUGAUCGCUGGUUCAAAGUUGCUUCCAUGAUCCCUGGGAAGACUGUUUUGGAUGUUAUGAAUCAAUAUAGUAAGCUUGAAGAAGACGUUUCUGAUAUCGAAGCAGGACGUGUCCCCAUUCCUGGUUACCCUGCAGCUUCUUCUUCUCCCUUGGCGUUUGACCCUGACACUUGUCGGAAACGGCCUAACGGAGCCAGAGGAUCGGAUCAUGAUCGAAGGAAGGGUGUACCUUGGACAGAGGAAGAACACAGGAGAUUCUUGUUAGGGCUUCUAAAGUACGGGAAAGGAGAUUGGAGAAACAUAUCAAGAAACUUCGUGGUGUCGAAGACGCCAACGCAAGUCGCGAGCCACGCUCAAAAGUAUUACCAGAGACAGCUCUCAGGAGCCAAGGACAAACGCCGGCCAAGUAUCCAUGACAUCACAACCGUCAAUCUCCUCAACGCCAAUCUCAACCGCUCCUUUUCCGAUCACAGUGACAUCCUCCCGGAUUUAGGGUUUAUCGACAAGGAUAAUGCUGAGGAUGGAGUAAUAUUUAUGGGUCAGAAUCUAUCUUCAGAAACCUUAUUUUCUCCAUCACCAACUUCCUUCGACGCUGCCUUUAGCUACGCCGGAGCAAAUGCCUUCAGUGCCAGAGCUUAAGGUAACAUAAAAUCCCCAUUCCCCAAAGCUCAGCUUUCUAAAUAAGUUUGAGUUUUGAAACUGUAAUUAGAGGCAUACAAGCAAAACCCAAAGUUACAUAUAUGUAUUGUGUGGUAUAAAAGUAAGAAACUUGUUUAUCAUGAAUGUGACUCUCUGUAUUUCUGUGUUUGUGUCUACUAAUUAGAUACGUAUUAAAUAUCUUUGUAUUUUCUUUUUCCAUAACUUAUAGUUGUGAAAAAGACUUGUGCUCUAUAAUAAUAAAAUAUAACCACAAUCUAUUUAA